CACGAAAACUUCCCACAACAGAAUGUCACACCAAAACAGCAGGAAGUGUAGCAGCUAGUAUUAUUACAUUACAGUUUAACACAUAACAUCACGAGCAGGAAGUUUAUUCCUAAUUAUUGUAUGCAUGAAACCUAACUAUGAAUUCCAUCUUUAUAAACCGGUGUGCGCACAUCAUAUCGAUCCAGAUUCUUCUCUAAAUUCCAGUCUUGCAAACAAAUUGGUUAGCUGUUACCUGGGAGCUUUUGAUCCCGAGAGUUUAGAUAUUUGUUAGAGUUCAAAAUGGAAUUCGAGCCACCACUCAUCGAAGUGUUCAAAAACCUUUGCAAAACAAGUUCAGAAAAUGAUCAUGUUGCGGAGCUCAUUAAUUCAUCCAGAUCGAAAAGCUAUGAGCUACCGCUGGUGGAUCUUGGCCGUUUAAAUUCGGGACAACUAAUGCAGCAAAAGGAGUGUGAGAAAGAAAUAAUAGAGGCAUCAAAAGAAUGGGGAUUCUUUCAGGUUGUAAAUCAUGGUAUAUGUGAAGAAAUGUUAAUGGAAUUGCAUGAAGAGCAGGUGAAGUUAUUUAGACAGCCAUUCAAUAAAAAGUCUAGCCAGAAUCCUUCAAACUCACCCAUAGGCUCUUACCGUUGGGGAAACCUGGCUGCAAAAAGUCCCGCUCAGUUUUCAUGGUCUGAAGCUUUUCACAUUCCUGUUUCCAGUGUUUCAGAUUUCGCAGGUCUCAACCAUCUAAGCUCGACAGUUGAGGAAUAUACAAAACUGAUUUCUAAGUUAAGUCAGAAGAUAGCAGAAAUCUUAGCGGACAAUAUAGGAAUCUGCAAAUCGUCGUACCAAAAAUUAUUGGGAGACAAAGUCGUGCCUAGUUCAUGUUAUCUUCGAAUGAACAGGUAUCCACCUAUCCCUGAAUUCCAUUCUGAAGUCUGCGGCCUGGUGGCACACACAGAUACUUCAUAUCUCACCAUACUCCACCAAAAUAAGACUGGUGGACUAGAGAUGAAGAAAGAUGGAAUGUGGAUUUCUGUUAAACCUAACCCUGAUGCCUUAGUCAUCAACAUCGGUGACCUAUUCCAGGUUCUGAGCAAUGGUUUUUAUAAGAGCGUCACUCACAGGGUUCUGACGAAUAGCAAAACUGAAAGAUUCUCGGUGGCGUACCUUUCAUGCCCUACAACUGAUACUGUGAUUCGUAGUUUGAGUGAACAUUCGAUAUACAGGGACUUUAGCUUCGGGGAGUUCAAAUCACAAGUUCAACUAGAUGUCAAGUAUACUGGCAAUAAAAUAGGGCUUCCCGGGUUUCUUAGAUAAUUAAUCACUUAUAUAUCAUAUAAAGUCGCCCACAACUAAGUGUCCAGUUUUCA